AUGACAAUCGACUGUUUCUCAAAUAUCGCUUUCAUUCCCAACGACAUCUGGGUAGCAAUUACCAUUAAAGUUGCCUCAGACUCCAUUCGAGACCUGUGCAGUCUCAGAAUGACCUGUAAGGCUGCACGCGAUGCGGGAGAUUCCGAUAUUGUUCACCGGAGUGUUUCCAUCCCACCACCGCAUGCCACACCGUGGUGGUGGUGCCUCAGUCCGGAGGCAAAGAGAUUCUUUGAUCGAUGCAUGGUAGCUGGCCAUCCAGAGCUUCUGUUUCGGGAGGCACUUCGGGAACUCUUCAUCAGACAUAACGAAGACGUUGGCCUCCAGAUGCUGAAUAGUGCAACAAGUACAGGCCAUGCAGCAGCCAAAUACGCACUGACCAUGACGUUGCUGCUUCGCACGGACGGCAACGACGAAAAACAAAAAGGGCUGGAACUGUAUCGCGAGCUUGAUGCGGCUGGUUCACUCGCUGAUUGUAAGGCAAUGUGCUUUUCAAUUCUGACAACACACCGUCUGUGCCGCACCGAGGUGCUCGACCAGGGGCCAUAUGCCUCUUCUGUAUGA